GGGUCGAGAGCUGCGCUGUAGGGUUAGCACGAUUGGCUCUGCGGGCAGCGGCGGCGGCGGCGAGUUGGGAUUCUGCACAGGAGGAGGAGGUCGUGUACAUGGAGUUUCUCUUCCUUGACGAGGAGGACUGGGCGGAGAUGGAGGCGGACAAGGAGAAGGAGGAGGAGAGGCGUCGGCGGGAGGAAGAGGAGAAGGCGCGGAAGACGGAGGAGAACCGGCGGAGACGCGAGGCACACGAUGCGGUCAUGGACUCCAUCAUCGAGUAUGAUCCCAAGGUCGAGCGCGACGUCUACACCCGAUUCUUUCUCAGAGAUUUCUCCGUCUUUGACAUCAACGAAGAGUCGUCUGUCCCUCCAAUGCGAUACACUGAUAGUAUCUACGAAGAUGAAUUUGGGCUAGAAGACUCUGCAAACAUCCUCUCGGUCAGCAUAGUCUCCUCAGAUGUAGGCUUCCCAGUAAAUGUCUACGGCCGUGUCAUUGCCAGAGACAGCAUUGACUACAAGUGCAUUUAUCUCUUUCACCGCAAUAGAGAUGAUUGCCAGCGUCUCGACAAGGAUGGAAUGCUGAUUUUAACUGGCCCAAGCCGAGGUCUAGUCCUGGUUGAUUUCAUCUAUCUAGAGAUAGAUCUUAAAAUCAGGGAAGAUGGAGUGUCUCUAGACAGGCCAUUUAGCAAGGGUCUAAUAAGUAUUGAUGGCCGAGUACUGUCUAGAGAGGAAGAUGUCGUGGUUAGAAGUGAAACCCUUGAGAGCUGGCUCAGCACUACGGAAGUGAGAUUCGCAACUGUUCUUAAUGCAGUCGAGUGCACCAUUGAAAUCAAGCUUCUCGAGGGCUGUUUCAAAGGAAAUAUAAUAGUUGGCAUCUCAGAUAAAGUUCGCAAUCUGGACACUGAACAAACAAUUGUGAUUCAUGAUAGCAAGACAGAUGGCGUGGUUACAAGUGAUGAAAGUGGAGUUAUCAAACUCGGGCGAAGUGUCAUUACUAUCUGUCUGGAAAGAACGGUGGUGUUUCAAAUCAAUAAUGUGGCUGCUGGUGUUUGUGCUGAACGAACCAUUGAUUUUACUCCACACCGCACUGGUGCAGAUGAAGAGGAAAUUACGUGUGGUGCUGGGAAGUUCGGAUUCAGGGUUGUCUGGUCCUUGAUGGACUUUAGGCUGUAAUCCUGUGACUUAGUCAACUUAGUUCUGAUGUAAUGGAGUGAUGCAAUGAUGUAGUGAACUAAGUUAGUCGUGAUGUAGUGAUGUGGUCCACUAAGUUAUGUUAUUGUUAUUAAGUAAAUUGAUGAAUUAUAAUUUAUAAGUAAUGAGUAGCAAACUAAGUUAUUA